CAGCAAUUUUGAAUUGAAUAGAUAGAUAGAUAGAUAGAUAGAUAGAUAGAUAGAUAGAUAGAUAGAUAGAUAGAUGUUGUUUGUAUUGCAAAUACUGAAUAAUUGCAACGCGUCAGUGCUGCACUAGGAUAAUAUGAUGUUAAUGUAAAUAUAGUCUCGUGUAGCCAGACCUUCAGACUGACGGCAGAAGGUCUGGACUCUAUCGCAGCUUUCAUUGGCCAAGGACCGCCCAGAGGCCGUUUGACUGACAUGUAAUGCAACCAAUCACAGUUCGUUUUGUUCCGCGUUAUGUUUAGGGGCAUGAAAAUGUAAAGUCGAUGUCCCUGUACAUUUUAAAAUACUCCAUCUGGUGUACCCUGUUAAAACUCUUUUUCUUAGAUUUCGUAGGCUACUGAUGUAGAUGUUAUAUGUGAUUUCUGUGGGACUGAGAAAGAAAAUGUUGUGCACUUAUUGUUUAACUGCAUUUUUAGCUAAAUGUUUUGGAUAGAUUAUUUGGAAUGUUUUCUUUGUAAAUGUUUAGGGCAUGAAAGUCGAUGUCCCUAUAAUAACAGACCGGCGUGCAUCUAAUAAAUUAUUAAUUCAAGAAUGUUGUGCAAGUAUACUGCAACAAUGGAGCCGCGAACUUCACAUACAUUUGAAAAUCCAGCGUUUAGUUAAUCAUGGUAAACGCUCGUACGUCACAGUUGUAAACACGACGGCUUUCUUCUUCCACGAGCUGGUUUGGCGUCACACCAUUUGUUUCCAGGCGGACUGUUAAAGAAUGCGACAUACACAUCUCCCGACAUCCUGUAGAAUUCAACCAACCAGAUGGCGACUUCAAAACUCCUGAAGUGUUUCCAGAUAAGUGUUGCCAUAUGCAUCAGAGGUUCAGCCAGCGGUCGGUGGGCUUGACGUCUGAGGCUGAGACUAAUUUAAACAUAAAUCACUGUGCCACCCGUGCAGUGCAGUGCCUUAACUGUUUUUAAAGUCUAUCAUUAUCAUAAAUACAUUAAAUAAAAUAUUGUUUCUAUACAUAAGUCUAUACAUUGUUGUGGCAAAUAAAUAAAUACAUUAAUUAAUUAAAGACCAUUUAAAAUUAAAAGCCUUUAUUAUCACUCCAUUACAAUUCUACAAAAAACCGUCAUACCCCAUGCAUAUCUCACCCAAUUUCUUAGCUGUUUUAUUCUUGCCUUCAUGAGUUGUAUUUUUAUCUUUUGGAAUAAUUUGUUCAGAGAAAAGCAUCAGGAAAACUGUGAAUAUGAAAGCUUUAUUUGUAAAGCUGCUGAAUUUAAUUGUUUCACUCACUGAGUAUCAGCUAACAAUCCUUCACUCCUGUCUGUUAUGCUUCUCAUAAAAUAGCUUAAUGUGCAAAUUAAAAUAAUAAUAAUAAUAGGCCUAAUAAUAAUUACUGGAACCUGUUGACUGUUCAGCCCCCUGACUCUAAACUACACUACCCAGGAUGCAAAACGUCGUCAAGAAGGGAAGUCUAAUUCUAAGCCGCUUGGAUAAAAAAAGCUAACAGCUGAAGUAUUGUAUUACACCAGAGGAACCUGACUACCCUUUAAUAGGGCAAGGGCGACACAAAGUAACCCGACUGGUCACGCUCUUUAAAUCUCUCAGAUAUGAUGCGGAAAUUAAGAGCACCGAUAUUUGAUUUGACACCAGAAAUUUUACUCUCAAGUUAUGCCAGAAGACGCAGCGUGGAGCUCGAGCUGUAAGGAGCCCCUGUGGAUUUAAACUUAAAGUAAUGUUUCUUGUUCUUCUUGCCAUCCUGAUGGACCUUUUGAAUUAUGGAUCGACUCAACGGCAUACGACUGUUGACUGGAGUGCAGCGUAACAGGUCGUAAUGCCGCACUAUUGGACGGUACCUAACAGGUGCUUAGACAUUUCUGGUUUUAAAUCAAAGGCACGUAUGAGCUGACAUCAUAUAUUUUUUGGCAGACAACACGCAAUAGCUACAGUUCCAUAAUUAUUAAGUUUAAUUACAAUUUAUUAGAAUGAAUAUGUAAGGUUUAUGUUAUUUUUGCUUGACUGGAGGGGAAAGACCUGGUAUUUAUUAAUGCAGUGUUAAGAAAUUACAAUAAAUAUGUAGCAAUCCAUUAUAUUGACAUGUCAGGUAUCAUGUCAGGAAUCAUGUCAUAUCACUGUGACCAGAGACUUGGGCCCUUUUACUCUCAUUAUGAAUAAUACUGCUUCACUUGGAUACUGAUGGGUGUUUGUGCUGCCAGUCUAAAGAGCCUCCACCAUGGGAUGUAUACAGAGUGUAAAACUCAAGCCAAGUUUUCAUGAGAACAUCACAGUCCUGGAACUGCAAGCCUCCAUUGAUCCUAGUCCAACUGUAAUCGAUGAGUCAUCUAAUGUGGUUCUGCGUUACCGCACGCCUUACUUCAGGGCAUCAGCUCAGGUGCAGGUGCCACCCAUGCUUUGCAAAGAGAUCUGGACUGUUGGCUGGAUCCAGGCUUGCAAUCAAAUGGAUUUCUUCAAUAUAUAUGGAAAUGAAGGAAUAUCCAGCUGGGAGCUCCCAGAGCUGAGAUGUGGUCAGAUCCAGGCCAUCAGUGAUUCAGACGGUGUGAAUUACCCCUGGUACGGCUGCACCACUGAGAUGUACACAAUAGUGGGCCCCACCAAGAAGAGCACCAAACUCACUGUCAGCAUGAACGACAACUUCUGCCCAAGUGUGACGUGGAGUGUCCCAGUGGGCACCACUAGCAGUCCCCCUCUCCUGAGCUCCAUCCAGAGGGACCAACGCUUCACCACUUGGCUGGUGGCCAUGAACGAAUCCACAGCUGAGAUGGUGCUACUCCGAACCAUCCGCUGGAGGAUGCAGAUCUGCAUUAAAGUGGAUCCAAAGAAGCCUCUGGGUCAAAGAGCCAUAGUUAUGGAGCCACUGAUCCAGGAGCAGCCUCAAGUCCUAGUUAGGAAUGAACCCAUCCCAACAAACGCCUUGCUUAAGCCUAAUGCCAAUGAUGCCCAGGUUCUAAUGUGGCGGCCUAAAAAUGGGGAGCCCAUUGUGGUCAUCCCCCCAAAAUACCAUGAAGGAUAUUUCCUUCCAUCUUAACUUGAAAUGAUUAAAUAUUGCUCAUUUAAAUGAAAUAUGGCAUGAUGUGAGUGAGAAUGCUAUUAAACAGGGCUACUGAUUUAAAGUUUUAAAGAAAAAAAGGUAUUAUUUGUGUAUUUACUGAUUGUUAAUAUUCUGUUUAAGGACACAUAUUUAUCAUAUUGUGUACUGUUUUGUUUUCAGAUAUUUUAAUAUUUGUAAUUUGUAAGACAAAACUGCAUAUGGCCUUUACAUGCUAAGGACUGAAAUGUGGCCUUAUAAAACCGAUUAUUGUGUAGUAAACUAAAAUCAUUCGUUUACACAGUAUGAGCUGAUUAUUACAUGUAUAAUGAAGGCAGUAUAUUUAUUUUUAGUCUGGUGUGGCCAAUGUUUUGUUGCCUUUUAUUUUGUGCAAUUACAGGAAACACAUUUGCAAAUGUCACUUGUGUCCAUGGCCUCUUACAGCAUGUUCCCUGGACUAAAACUGUGAAUAAUUUAAUUGUCUUCUCAUGUUUUAAGAGGCAGCUUUUCAGGAGCACAAGCUGUUUCAGGAACUUUUUUUUUUUUUUUUUUUUUUUUUUUAGAUGUGGAGAACCUUUAGGUAGAAGAUAAGGUGGAAACGCUACAAUAAAAUCAACCUGUUUUUUCCCCAUUGUCUGAGUUUUGUCAUCACUAUUUUGAAAAUGAAACUUCACAAAGUGCACACAGCUUAAUUCUAACUUUGCCUGUCAGUUUAAAUGAGAUCUAAAUUUAUUAUACUAAAAAAAUUGCUUCACAAUAGCAUUUGAACUUCAUAUUACUGAUGACUAUGACCAAUAAAUUUAUCUGAAUCACACAAACUUUGUUCUUUGUUUGAGAGCUUCCUCUCAAUAGGGACCAUAUGACCUGAUUCUAAAAUACUCCUAGUUGCCCUAUUUUUUUACUCUUAUGUAUUCAUUUAAAUCUCAAAAGUCUUGUAUCU